AUUUGCACGGUACAGCCGGGGACAGGACAACAUGGCUGCUGCUGCAGGCCGAUACUUCGGAGAAGGUGGCAGAGCAACGAAAAGACAGAAAACUGAGGACGGAGGAAUGACAACGGAGGGCUACGAUGACCCCCAUAAACCGCUGCCCUCCCUGGUGGUGCACAUCAGGGGCCUGGUGGACGGCAUCAUGGAGUCUGACCUGGCGGAGGCCCUGCAGGAGUUUGGGGCCAUCAGUUAUGUGGUUAUGAUGCCGAAGAAGCGCCAGGCCCUGGUGGAGUAUGAAGACCUGAGUGGCUCCUGCAAUGCUGUUACGUACGCUGCAGAGAACCAGGUUUACAUCGCUGGCCACCCCGCCUUCAUCAACUACUCCACCAGCCAGAAGAUCUCCCGGCCAGGAGACUCCGACGACACCCGGAGCGUCAACAACGUGCUGCUGCUCACCGUCAUCAACCCCAUCUACCCUAUCACCACGGAUGUGCUCUACACCAUCUGCAACAACUGUGGUCCUGUACAGAGGAUCGUCAUCUUCAGAAAGAAUGGUGUUCAGGCCAUGGUGGAAUUUGAUUCGGUCCAAAGCGCUCAGAGAGCCAAAGCCUCGCUGAACGGAGCAGACAUCUACUCUGGCUGCUGCACUCUAAAGAUUGAGUAUGCCAAGCCAGCACGCCUUAACGUCUUCAAGAACGACCAGGACACGUGGGACUAUACCAACCCCAACCUCAGUGGCCAAGAUGCUGAUGGGGAAGGCAAUUGGAACAAUUCACAAGAUCCCAAUGCCAAUCCCAACAAACGCCAGAGGCAGCCCGCUCUUCUGGGAGACCACCCACCGGAUUACGGUGGCCCUCAAGGAGGUUAUCAUGGCUACAGUGAAGACAACUACGGGCCCCCUCCUCCCCACCGCAUGGGGCCAGGUAUGGGUGGGCGUGGCAGGGGUAGCCAGCGCUACGGCCCUGGAUAUGGACCCCCUCCCCCUGAGUACGGGCCUCAUGCUGACUCACCAGUUCUAAUGGUUUACGGCCUUGAGCCCUCCAAGGUCAAUGCCGACAAGGUCUUCAACAUCUUCUGUCUCUAUGGCAACGUAGAGAGGAUUAAGUUCAUGAAGAGUAAGCCCGGAGCAGCAAUGGUGGAGAUGGGAGACUGUUACUCUGUGGACAGGGCCAUCACCCACCUGAACAACAACUUCCUUUUCGGACAGAAACUCAACGUAUGUGUGUCAAAGCAGCAGGCCAUUGUGCCGGGACAGUGCUACCAGUUAGAGGACAACAGCAGCAGCUUCAAAGAUUUCCACGGAUCCCGCAACAAUCGCUUUACCUCCUCAGAGCAGGCGGCAAAGAACCGAAUCCAGCACCCGAGCAACGUCCUGCACUUCUUUAACGCACAGCCCGACAUCACUGCAGAGAUCUUCAACCAGGUCUGCGAUGAACUAGGAAUUAAGUGCGCCACAAGUGUGAAGCUUUUCACCGGAAAGAGUGAGCGAAGUUCCUCUGGCCUUUUGGAGUGGGAAUCCAUCAACGAUGCCAUGGAAGCCCUAGCUAUGAUUAACCAUUUCCAGAUGAAAAACCCUAGUGGGCCUUACCCUUACACACUGAAGCUGUGUUUCUCGACCACACACCAUGCCAACUAAAUACUCUCCCCUCUUACUAUUUGUACAAUUUGUGUCUUUGCAUAUAGUUUACCACAGUUCUGGUUUCACCUCCCAUUCAAACCUUCAAUCAGUAUUGACAAAAACUAGAACUGAUGUGCUUUAGAACAUGUUAUUUAAACCAUAUUUUUGUAUGAUUUAUUUACAUUUAUCAUGUUUUUCAAUUUAUUUUGUACUUUCACAACACUAGUUUUUAAUAACCCCUCACUACCCUGAAAUAUACAUUUAAAUGGGGACAAUUUCUUUUUAAAUCAAGUGAAGAGUAACCCUAGUGUGAAUGCUGAUAUAACCUUAGUUCACAUUUCAGAUUGUUUGUUUCUUUCAUAAUUUCUUCACUCUCGACUGGUUAACAUCAAUUCACAGGGAUAUCAGAAUACAUUGCUUGAGAGCUGUAGUCACACUGACAUCUGUGUACUGAAGUGGUCAGGUGCCUUCCAUAUUUUAAUACCUGGAGUAAAAGAGUAUCACUAUGAAGAUUAAAGGAUGGGAGAUAUGAAA